UGUAAAAGACUUAAAAUGUCAAGUGCGUGCCCACAAGCUGCUAAAAGUCUCUUUGCAGAGUCAAAACGAAGAUUGUCUGAUAGAGUAGCUGUGAAUGUGAAUAAUUGUGCUAGUGUUGCUAGACAGAUUGUUAGAGGAUCAAAGUCUCAUGACAUUCUCAUGCAAGCAGCUAAAGGUCUUGCACAGCAAGAGUCAUCUCUGGAAAGAAGUGCAUCAAACCUUAAUAAAAUUCAAUUGAUACAACAACAACUCAGAUAUCAACAUGAAGCUGUAAAGGACGGUGCUGAGAAAUUAUCUGACCUUAGAGAACAAGUAGAUUCCAUGCAGAGAUGAAAAAUAUUCCAAACAUUUCAUUGUUAGAAAAAUUCUAAGAAAGAUAAGAAUACCUUUGAUUCCAAAAAGCAAAAAAAAUUUAUCUUUGAGCCUCAGUUAAAGUUUAAAUUUUCUAUUUAAUUUAAGUAAAAAGUUUUUAAUAAGUAAAAUUGUAAUCUAGAUUAGAAUAAAAUACUUCAACACUUUAUUUAAUUUAAAAUUUCAAAAUUGAUCUGAACAAAUCUUGAAU